GAGGUUUGUAUGUAGAAAGAAAUCCUGAAUCAAGAAACAACAACUUGUCAUCUUCGUUUAACCUAAAAAAAAUACGUCCGCCGAUGAAGAUUGUGGAAAGGUGAAAUUUUCUCGAUCAUGUCUUUGCCGGGAAAUCGAACCAGGGUGCUUUGCAAGUUCUUUGCCCAUGGAGCAUGCUUGAAAGGGGAGCAUUGCGAGUUCUCACAUGACUGGAAGGACCCGGCUAAUAACGUGUGCACAUUUUAUCAAAAAGGAGCUUGUGCAUAUGGUAUCCGUUGCAGAUAUGACCAUGUUAAAGUUCCUCAACGUCAAGCUUCUGCAUCUUCAUCCACAUACCCUUUUCAAUAUGCUGUUCCAGAAUCUAUUACUGCAUCUUCAACUCCUGGAACUGCAUCCCCCAUUGCUGUUAUCGGAGAGCUUUCAGCUUACACAUCUGCAAAACCUACAUGGGCUGAAGGUUCUGGACAGAAUGAUUUGAUAAGUGAUGUUAUAGGGCAAUCAAGAAGUACAAAUCCAGCUGAUAUUGUAAUGUGUUCAUUUGCUGCUGCUGGUAAUUGUCCUCGUGGAGAAACUUGCCCUCAUCUCCAUGGGGAUUUAUGUCCAACAUGCAGAAAACAAUGUUUGCAUCCUUUCAGAGCAGAUGAAAGGGAAGAACAUAAAAUGGGAUGUGAAAAGAAGCAUAAGCAUCUUGAGGCGUUGAAACACAGUCAAGAAAUAGAAUGCAGUGUUUGCCUUGAACGUGUACUUUCAAAACCAACAGCAGCUGAAAGAAAGUUUGGGCUGUUAUCAGAAUGUGAUCAUCCCUUUUGUAUAUCAUGUAUCAGGAAUUGGCGAAGUAGUUCUCCAACAUCUGGAAUGGAUGUGAAUUCUGCUUUGAGGUCUUGCCCUAUUUGUAGGAAGCUUUCAUAUUUUGUCAUUCCUAGUGUCAUUUGGUAUGCAACUAAAGACGAAAAGCAGGAAAUUGUAGAUAGCUACAAAGCAAGACUCAGGUCUAUUGACUGCAGACACUUUGACUUUGGAAAUGGGACGUGCCCAUUUGGAACCAGUUGUUUUUACAAGCAUGCGUAUCGUGAUGGGCGUCUAGAAGACGUGGUUUUGCGUCAUCUUGGGGCUGAAGAUGGACAGACAGUCAUUGCUAAAGAUAUCAGGCUGUCAGACUUCCUCAACCGUAUUCCCCAUCAUAAAACAACACUUCCAUCUUUAGAUGUUUCAUUGUGGCCCACAUAUAUAUAUAUAUACUCAAGAUGGUUGAUUGGUUGCGAAUGAUAAAGGGGAUGCUUAAAAAGGGUAUUGAAGAAUAACUUGCAGCUGAUAUAUAAUAUAUAAUAUAUAUUUUUUGAGGAUAAAUUAAAGGAAGUGUAUGUUGAAUUAAGGGAAUGGUCAAGUGAUAAAUG